GACUCGUGCAUAAACCUGAUAGCCCACGAUCAUGCCUCAGUGUGGCCAGCUAGAGCAACUUCUUCGACCGCAUUUCGUCAAACACCUUUCCCUCCCUUCACCUUCUCACUCUCUCUCCAACGCCGGGAUGAGCCUGCUGCGAUCCGCUUCAGCGCGAUCGAAACCCGUGCUCCAUUCCCUUAAACCCCGCUUGAACCCCGCCCUCAAUCUCUCACCUUUCCUCCGUUCCUUCUCCACGGACCAUGACCCUGAAGCAGAGCCUGAACCAGAACCGCCGCACCAACCCCAGGACGACGACCCAAUAGUCACCCAAGCGCUCGACCUCCUUCAAGCCCCCGAGAGCUCAUGGAACACCGCCGAUCUCAGCCGACUCCUCUUCUCCAGUUCUCCUGCCGCCCCUGCACACUUGGCCAAGAUCACCCUCGGCUUGGGUGCCUCCGACAAAGCCCUCAAGUUUCUCGAUUUCGUUCAGUCGAGUUCUCCACAGGAAGAUGCGCCGGUUCUCCUCUCUCGCACGUUCCAGUCCGUCGUCAAGUUAGCGAGCCGAGAACCCGGUUGGGAGAAGGCCCUGCUUGAGCUCUAUAAGAUGUCGAGGCAGAGGGGCAUUCCUUUGACUAUCAAUGCGUCGACCCUCCUGGUUAGCUUCUUUGGGAGGGCUGGCAUGGUUGAUGAGGCGGUUUCUGUGUUUGAUGGUAUUGACAUAAAUGCGAGAGAUAGGCACCUCUAUGAAUUGUAUGUCGGUGCGCUAGUUAGAUACGGGAGGUUCGAGGGUGCGUUGAAGGUGCUCGACGAAAUGCUCGAGCCACGUUCGAGAUUUGCCGCCUCGGACAUUCCGGGUAAGAUAUUUUUCUCGGCCUUGUUGAGGAGACUGCAAGGAGAUGGGGGUGGCAAUGAGGAUGAGAUUGUUGGGAUUUUCAUGAAGCUUCUCGAACUCGGUGUUUUUCCUGACUCGAUAACACUUUUGAAGAUAAUUAAGAAGCUCUGUAGGAAUGGGGAGAUUGGAAGAGCAUGGGCUCUUGUGCUGCAAGUUAUUCAAUCAGGUGGACCUGUCGAAGCCGCGCCCUGCAAUGUUAUUUUGGUUGAGUUGGGGAAGCAUCUCGACUUCAAGAGGAUGAAUGAGGUUAUGAUUAAGAUGAAAGAAAUCAAUAUUCCACCCGACAUUGUGACCUUCGGAAUACUGAUUAACCAUUUGUGUAAGUUUCGCAGAGUUGAUGAUGCAUUGGAGGUGUUUGAGAGGGUCUGCACCAAACAAGACGAUGAAUUGUCGUGUAAACCUGAUACAGUCAUUUAUAAUUGUCUUAUUGAUGGACUGUGUAAAGUAGGAAGGCUAGAUGAAGGAGCAGAACUACUAAGAAAGAUGACAUUGCAGGGUGGUUGCAUGCCUAAUGUCAUUACUUACAACUGCUUGAUCGAUGGGUACUGUAAAUGCUGUGAGAUCGAUAAGGCUCGUCAGCUAUUUGAUCAGAUGAGUGAACAAGGGGUGCAGCCAAAUGUAGUCACUGUUAAUAUUUUGGUUGAUGGUAUGUGCAAGUUUGGGAGAGUCAAUCGCGCGGUUGAGUUCCUUAAAGAAAUGAAAGUAAGAGGUUUGAGUCCUAAUGUUAGAACGUAUACAUCACUGAUCAAGGCUUUUUGCAAUGUCAACAAUUUUGAGAAAGCCAUGGAGUUGUUCCAGGAACUGUCUAGAUCUGGAUGUUCCCCAGAUUCAAUUGCUUACUACACACUGAUCUCUGGAUUGUGCAAUGCUGGAAGAAUGGAUGAUGCCAGUUCUGUUGCAACAGAGUUGAAGGCAGCCAGGUUCUCACUUGAUGUUGUGUGCUACAAUAAUCUGAUUGGUGGUUUCUGCAGGAAAAAUAGAUUGGAGGAGGCUUAUGAGAUGCUCAAAGAAAUGGAGAGCUCUGGAGUAAAGCCUGAUACUGUCACUUAUAAUUGUUUGUUAUCCUAUUUUGGGAAAACUGGAAAUCUUACAACUGCAAAUAAGUUGAUGAGACAGAUGAUUGAACAGGGUCUCGUUCCCACUGUUGUAUCAUAUGGUGCACUGAUUCAUGGAUACUGCCUGAAAAACAAUGUUGGGGAAGCCAUGAAAAUUUUCAGGGACAUGAAUUGUGUGUCGAAGAUCCCACCCAACACAGUGAUAUACAACAUUCUCAUAGAAUGUCUAUGCAGGAAUGACAAAGUGGAUGGUGCCUGUUCCUUAAUGGACGAUAUGAUGGAAAAAGGGGUGAGGCCGAGUACCACUACAUUUAACGCAUUGUUCAGAGGCCUUCGUCAAACGAAUUGGCUGAAGAAGGCAUUUGAAAUGAUGGAUAGAAUGAAUGAACAUGCUUGUAAACCUGAUUAUGUAACGAUGGAGAUUCUAACAGAAUGGCUUUCAGCCGUGGGUGAAGUAGGGAAACUGAAGAACUUUGUCCAGGGCUAUGAAGUUUCAGCUUGCACUGCCUAAAGUAGAUUUAGCAAGGGAAAGAUAGGAUUCUUGUGCGUUUUCUUCUACUGAUCAGUAGGCCGUAUUCAGGAGAAAGCAGGCACUCAUUCAGAGUCCAAGGAGUGUAUGGUCUUUUGGACUUAAAAAGUGUCCGUUAGGUUACCCAAGAGAUGCCUCAAAGGCCUCAUACUUAUGAAAUAUUUUCUUCAUCUUCCAUCAGAUUCCACAGUCCUUAUUUUGAGAUAAUUGAAGAAGUUAGAUGCGCCGUGAUCAUACUGGAAUCUUUAUUGCUAAGUUUUGUCCAAUUUUUCUCUUCACGUGCUACAAUUUGCAAGAUAAGUUGUACCUGUAAUAAGAGAGAAAUUCUGUUGAUGAUCUUGUGGAAUGUGGUAGAUAGGUGAAGCUUUUGCUUCUCUUCUGACUUAUAUAGUCCAUAUGAUGCUAAGUUACUAUAUCAUUUGGCUUUCAAUAUGUAUGAAUGCUCUCUUUUUUGGGGCCAAA